AUGGAAGUUGAUGAAAAGUCACGUGACUUGUUAACAGUUAACACUGAAAGGGGGCUGUACCGUUUCAACCGUUUAGUAUACGGGAUUGCAUCAGCACCAGCAAUCUGGCAACGCGCUAUGGAUAUAGUAUUCCAAGGCUUGUCAGACGUAAAAUGUAUCAUUGAUGACAUGAUCAUUACUGGUCGUUCAGAUGAGGAACACCUGCAGAACCUGGAAAACGUCUUACAGCGUCUAGAAAAAUACAACUUGAGGAUCAAGCUUGAAAAAUGUGAAUUUUUCAAAGACAGAAUCUCAUUCUGUGGUCAUGAAAUUGACAUGCAAGGAUUGCAUAAGACACACAAUAAAAUUGAAGCAGUUGUAAAAGCUCCUAAACCAGAAAAUGUGUCACAGCUGAGAACAUUCUUAGGACUAGUGAAUUACUACAACAGGUUUUUGAAGGAUGUUUCAACAGUGCUUCACCCACUGUAUGAACUUCUGCGACGAGAUAAACCCUGGGUAUGGAGUAAUCAGUGUGAAGAGGCAUUCUGUGCUGUUAAAGCCUUAAUAACAUCACCAGAAGUGCUGACACAUUACAAUCCGAACUUACCUAUCCGUCUUGCGUGUGAUGCGUCACCAGUGGGAUUGGGAGCAGUUUUAUCUCACGUGAUGGAUGACGGAGUGGAGAGACCAAUCGCCUAUGCAUCUCGUUCGUUAACCAAAGCAGAAAGAAAUUACUCCCAGAUUGACAAGGAGGCUCUCGCACUCAUCUGGGGAGUUAAGAGAUUCCAUACUUACCUGUUUGGUAGAGAAUUCACCCUGCUGACAGAUCAUCAGCCACUAGUAUCAAUAUUUCACCCUAGAAAGGGAAUUCCAAUGACUACAGCAGCACAGUUGCAGAGGUAUGCGUUAUUUCUGGCUGGUCACAAUUAUCGGAUUGAAUACAAGAAUACCAAAAUGCAUGGAAAUGCAGAUUGUCUUUCACGUCUACCAGUUGAUAGUGGUGACAAAGAAACUGUCGACGAGAACACUGAUCCUGUGGAGGUGCUACACAUUGCACAGUUUGACACACUACCAGUAAGGCAUGCUAAUAUUCAGCGUGAAACGAGAAAUGAUCCAGGAUUAUCAAAAGUUCACGAGAUGGUAAUGACUGGAUGGCCAGUGAAAUCGCCAGAUGUGGAUUUUGAUCCAUUCUUCCAUCGGAGAAAUAAACUGACAGUACAUCAAGGAUGUUUGCUGUGGGAAAUGAGAGUUAUCAUACCCCAUUCAUCUCGCAGGAAGAUAUUGGAAGAACUUCAUGAAGGACACAUCGGAGUUGUCAAAAUAAAGGCGUUGGCGUGUAGCCAUGUUUGGUGGCCUGGUAUUGAUAAAGACGUCGAAAUUUUGGCAAAAGGUUGUGUGGGUUGCCAAGAAGUGAAAACAGCACCCCACAAGGCACCGAUUUAUCCUUGGCCUACAAAACCAUGGGAGAGAAUCCAUGUUGACUUUGCUAGUCCUUUCUUAGGAACAAUGUUUUUAAUAAUGGUGGAUGCGUAUUCAAAGUGGCCAGAGGUAGUUCAGAUGAACAAAACGACAUCUGGAAGAACAGUGGAAGUCCUACGCACGAUAUUUGCUCGAAAUGGACUGCCUAUCCAGUUGGUGAGUGAUAAUGGCCCACAGUUCACUUCUGAAGAGUUUGCAACGUUCAUGAAGGCGAAUGGUGUCAAACAUGUUACAUCAGCACCAUAUCACCCAAGUACCAAUGGCCUUGUCGAACGAUUCGUUCAGUCAUUCAAGAUGGCAAUGCGGUCCAGUAAACAAGAUGGUGGAUCUGUGCAGAAGAAAUUAUCCAAAUUUCUUUUGGCAUACAGAAAUGCAUCACAAGCGACGACUGGUGAACCACCCACAAAACUAUUCAUGGGUCGGACUCUCAUGCCUCGACUAGAAUUGAUUCGUCCAGAUUUACGACAACAUGUGAGAAACAAGCAACUGUCGAUGCAGGAGAAUAGGGCUGCACAUCAUCGAAUAUUUGAAACUGGUCAAAGUGUAAUCAUGAGAGAUUAUCGUGGACAAAACAAGUGGGUUCCAGGGAUAAUCCGUACACGGACUGGUCCCGUUUCAUACCGUGUAGAAGUGGCACCAGGAAUACAGUGGAGGCGGCAUGUAGACCAUAUUCGUGAUUCUCGUAUCUCACAAAAACCAGCAGUCUGGAUACCAUCAUGGACUACGUCAGUGAUGAAUUCACCGGAGAUUACUACAGACAAGCCAGACUCAAUGAGUGUACCUACACCUAACAGUGGUUCGGGUAAAAGUGUGAGGGAACCUGCACCUGCUCCAGAAAAGUGUUCUACACAAGGUGAAACCCGUCGUUAUCCAAGACGAGAUGUCCACCCACCACGUAGAUUUCAAGAUUAUGUGUGUUUAUAG